GCUCUCUUGGGAAGAGACACAACGGACUUUAUGAAAUCACCAAAAGAAAACUCAAUUGACCAACGAGUAAAAAGGAUAAAUAUAUAACUGUUGAAGUUAAAAGAAGUUAAAAAGUACAAUAAAUUGUUUAGGAGGAUUUAGAAGACUUCAUGCUAAAGAAUUAGUUUUUUUAUUGACAAGCUAGUCAGGAAAAGGAGGAAAGGUAACUAGUUUGGAAGUUGGUUUCAUCUCUGAAUUGUUACUCUGCUUCUUUCACCUGAGUUCUACGCCACAAUGCCUAUAAAUGGCAAUAAAGCCCUAAAGCUUCAGUUUGGGCUGAUUAAUUAUGAACAUCGCUACCUGACAGCAGAGGCUUUUGGAUUCAAAGUGAACGCUUCAGCUCCAAGUCUCAAGAAAAAGCAGAUCUGGACACUUGAGCAAGAUGAGACUGAUGGCCAAGUGGUGUACUUGCAGAGCCACCUGGGCCGCUAUCUGGCCUCUGACAAAGAUGGCAAGGUGAGUUGUGAAGCUGAGACACAGGAAAAUGCAUGCAGGUUCAUAAUUGUGGCACAGUCAGAUGGCCGCUGGGCCUUGCAGUCUGAGCCACAUCUGCGCUUCUUUGGGGGAUCGAAAGACCACCUAUCCUGCUUUGCUCAGACCAUUGGUGAGCCAGAGCUCUGGACUAUGCACCUGGCCCUUCAUCCACAAGCCAACUUGUUAAGUGUAGCACGCAAACGUUAUGCUCAUCUGUCUGCACCUGACAGUGAAAUAGCUGUGGACAGCAACAUUCCAUGGGGUGUUGAUGCUCUUCUAACACUGGUUUAUGUGGAUGGCAAGUACUGCCUAAAGACCAGUGAUAGCCGCUUUUUAAGCAAUGAUGGGAAACUGUUAUUUGAAAAUAGCAGAGGAACGGUAUACACGUUGGAGCUUAAAUCUGGCAAAUUAGCUUUUAAGGACUGUGAAGGAAAGUACUUGAGCCCAAUGGGACCAACAGGUACCCUACGCUCAGGACGCUGCUCCAAACCAGGCAAGGAUGAGCUGUUUGACCUAGAAGAGAGUCAUCCACAGGUGGUGUUUCAAGCUGCCAAUAACAGAUUUGUCUCCAUUCGACAAGGGGUGAACAUCUCUGCAAAUCAGGAUGAUGAAACAGACAUGGAGACUUUCCAAAUGGAGAUCGAUAGAGAAAGCAAAAAGUGCAAGUUCAGGACAAAUGAAGGCAACUACUGGACACUUGUAGCUCACGGAGGAAUCCAGUCCACAGCCAAAGAAGCAAGUGCCAACACCAUGUUUGAUAUUGUGUGGCUUGGACGACGGGUGGCACUACAAGCUAGCAAUGGGAAAUAUGUGUGCACCAAGAAAAAUGGACAGCUUGCUGCAGUUAGCGACUCAAUAGGCAAUGAUGAACAGUUCAUUCUGAAACUGAUCAAUAGGCCCAUCCUAAUUCUCCGGGGUGAGAAUGGAUAUGUGUGCCAUCACAAAAACUCUAACACACUAGAUGCAAACCGCUCGGUUUAUGACAUCUUCACAGUACAAUUCAGUGAUGGGGCAUACCAUGUGAAAGGUGCAGGAGAGCGGUUCUGGUAUGUGUCCAGCACUGGCAUGGUUUGUUCAGAUGGAGACACACCUGAAGACUUCUGCUUUGAGUUUUUAGAGCAUGGCCGCAUUGGAAUAAAGGGGACAAAUGGCAAGUACCUGCGUGGAGACCAGGGCGGCACACUGAAAUGUGAUGGAGAAACUGCAGAUAGCUCGUCUCUCUGGGAAUAUUGACACCUAGUGGUCAUUUUAAGGACUUUUUCCUCUGUCGUCCAUUGUUAUUGGUUAUUUUGGGGCUCAGGGGACCUGGUAUUUUUGAACAUGGAUUGUUGAAAUAAUACACACGAGGGCUAAAACAGAUGUUUUCUUUGUAUAUUAGCAUAUGUCAAUACUUUCUCAAUAGCUAAAUGCUAAUCUCCCAGAUUCUGAACAUGAUAGAUCAAAAACCAAAGACUUUUAAAUUGAAAUAUUAAGUUUUUAAUUUCUGCUUAAUAUUUCUAAAAUAUAAAGUAUUAAAUUGUUUAAUGUAGCUUUUAUCCUACAUUUACAUGUCACAUGUUGAUUUUUAGCACUAAUUAUUCUUCCCAAAUGUUUAUACAGUCUUAAAAUCUUAAGUCCUAUGUUGGUACCUGCCAAAAGGCCUUAACUAAUAUUGCUAUUUUUAAUAAUUUCCUCCACAGGCUUAUUUCUUAUUUGUUUUAGUCUUGCCAAUCAUUCAACAAGUGGUAGUUUAUGUACUGGAGGUACAGAGUGCUGUUUUAUUAUGGCAUGUGGCACUCACACAAAAAUGGUUUUAUUAAAGGGUUUGUCAUGUUUGUACUGAAAACACUAUGAUUAAAUUGUUACAGACAAAACUAGGAUCAAAACUAGAUUUCCUAGCUUGAAUUUCGUUAACCAUCAGGACUUUUCCCUUCUAACUAUAUUUAAGAUUUCUGUAAAUGCAUGUCAUCUGCUUUUCAUUUCUG